AUGAGGGGGGCAUCUUUGGAUUCUAGGGAAUCCCCUGCGGGCAGUCAGAUCCCUCGCCGCUCCAAGCUGCCAUCGCACUCUCCAGAUAUUAUCGUCAAGCAUACUAUCAGCAUCGAUGACACUGCCCAUAUUCUUAUGCAAUACAAGGAUGAACGGCGCAGAAACUUCAAUUCUCUAGUCCGCAGGUAUAAACACCAGAUCAUCUACGGUUGCGAAAACCCCAAUUGUCGAACACCAACCUGCCUAAACUAUCAAAGAAGAGUUACAGAAGGGCCCUUUCGGCCCUAUACCGAGCUCAGUGCGCGUACAUUGGCAUGCUAUCUGGCCAGUCAGGAUAACCCGGAGAAAGCACUCUGUCGCAACCCGCCACGGCCAGCUGCCGACUUCUCGCCAACCCGUCACACCCCUCAUGUGGAAUACCAUGCAUAUAGUUCAGGAAGGAAGUCACAACAAGCAGAAUAUCCAGAAAAUGAAGCCCAUAUGGAAUCCCACCGACAUUCGUCAAGUACCAACCCGGCGCCUCCGCCACCGGCCGAUAAUGUCGGGCACUCCUCUCGAGACCCACACCCAUCUGGUAUGUCAAGAACAAAAGACCCAAAGUCUUUCACACAAAAUCUUUUUGAUACCUUGUCGUUGAGAAUGGUUGAAUGGCUUCCGUUGCGCCAGACGACUACCGAUGCCCCGGGCUGGUCUACUCCCACUUCUCGAUCACACAAAAGCCAAACGCAUUCGGGAGACUUCAAAGAGUACGAAAGCAAUAGUAAGUCACGACGAGUGCACAUUCAAUCUACCAACAACAAUGCUGGCGCGGUCGAAGUAACGACACCUUCCGGUCGGCCAAAGCGACGCUCGAAUUCGAACCUUGACCGGAAAUCCACCGCACAAACUUUGAAGCGCGUAACACUGGAAGAGGCCGAAACAUGGCGGCCAACAUCUCGAAGUAGUAUGGAGAUCAAAUCGCGAGACGGUCGGACGAGCACUUCCAGAACCACACCGUCUCGGACUUAUUCUCAACACAAUAUUCCCACUCCACCUCCUGUUCUUAAGCAUCGUGCAUCCAAGGGAAACAAACCCUCAAACGACACUACAUCUAAAGCACCGAAGCAAACUAGGCGUGUCUCUUGGGACGGAUCAAAGCUUCUGAGAGAGACAUGCGUACUUUCGGAUGUUAACGACGAGGUAAUAGAGAAAGAGGCACCGAAUUUUUCAUCCUCUGAAGUUCCUGAUUUAAAACCUCCGAGCAUACAGAGUUUUCCAUGCCCAGCAAUGUCAGUUGAUACAGUCAGCCAUCUGAAUGUUGAAAUAGUGGACGGCCUUUUCGAGCUUUUAGCCCAAACCAAAGAAGACGCCGAGAAAUGGGAAGAGGAACUUGAUCAUAUGAAUACUCAAGGAAGGUCUGACAACUAUAUAUGGCGUUAUGCGACGCCUCGUCAACGUGAGGUGUUCCCUUUUGUUGCCCAAUCCGUGUUUUUCGGCUUAAGUAGUAGUCGACAACUGAUAAAGUCUUUUCGGCGAAAACGUGCAUCGUCACAGCACUCGCGACACAGUGACGGCGCGACUGUUGAUCUGCAGACCUUAGAGUCUACACUACGAAAAAUCCAGGAUAUGUGCCCCAGUGACCUGGUUUUGAAUAGCCUGUGGAACUCUCUGGAACAAUUAUUUGUCCCUCCUAGAAAUAUGCCUAUAGCAUUUAGAGCCAAUCGGCGCGCGUCGUACCAUCAAUCAGACAAGUCCGGCGUCUCCCAAUCCUCCGCGCCGGAUGAACCGCUUUCUGAUGCAGAUGCUGCUCACAUGCUAACGGUUGUCUUCUUCACACUGGUAACAUUUUUGCCGAAAGUCGACUCGCAAACUUGGCGAGGCAUCCAACAAAUACGUGAGGCCGGAACAGUCUUGCCGGACGCCCAAAUGCGAAAGUUGCCUGCGGAGGAUAUCGAUCUGAUCCUGAAUGUUACGGAUAAAUUGGAGCAUGACCUUGCAUUGCGGCUUGUUCACCGCUUGGUGCGCGCUCUUACAGCUCGACUAGCAUUUCAUGAGAUAUCCAAAGCCAAGAAUUUCUCCAUCACCGACAUCAAAAAGCGACAUGAGCGGAGUGUCUUGGAUCUCCUUUUUGAUAAUCUCCGCGAGCAUCAUGAGUCCCUGAAGAAAGAAACCGAUGGUCAUGAUAUGGCCGUUGCCAUUGAUACACCGGUCGCUGCAGCUAUGAUUGUUGAGUGGAUCCGAACGUUGUUCCUCAAAGAAUGGGAUGGUAGGCCAGAAAUUGCCAGGUCAGACGCAGCGGGUGGCGCGAUUCAGAUACUCUCCUCGAUGUAUAAAAAUCGAAAGCGUCUCGGUCUCGAAGCUGAGGCUUUCUAUACGAGCUUUCUUUCGGAAAGGCUAGAUACAAUGGAAAUGCCCGUUGAAUGGCUCAACCGAGCUUCAAACAACCGGACAAUGCAUCUCCUGUCGUUUACAUUCCUAUUUCGCCCAGCUGCCCUAGCCAAGUACUUCCGAGCCAUCAAUUUUGCGGCCAUGUCAAAGGCGUAUGAAGCGGGAAUGAUUGCACAACGACAGGCAAGCAAAACGGCCUUCAGCCGCACCAUCCAGGUUGCGGAUGAGAUUAACCUUCUGGCUCGUCUGCAUACAUCGAUGAAUCAGUACUUUGUCAUUUCUGUACGGCGCGAAUAUGUGCUUGAAGACGCAUUCAAUCAGAUCUGGCGUCGUGAACGACGAGAACUUCUUAAACCUCUGAAAGUCAAGCUAGGGACAGAUCUUGGUGAAGAAGGAGUCGAUCUUGGUGGUGUCCAGCAGGAGUUUAUGACGAUGGCAUUCGCUGAGGCGGUGAAUCCAGAGCAUGGGAUGUUUACCGUUGAUCCUACCACUCGCAUGACAUGGUUUCAACCAUGCUCGCCUGAAAGUUUAGACCAUUUUGAACUCGUGGGCAUACUAAUGUCGUUAGCUGUAUAUAAUGGUUUAACGCUUCCUGUGACGUUUCCUCUUGCUUUCUAUCGCAAACUCCUCGAUCUGAAAAUCAAGCUUACCGAAGAUAUCCGUGACGGCUGGCCCGAUCUUGCCAAGGGAUUAGAGAGUCUAUUGACUUGGAGUGAAGGCGAUGUUGGAGAUGUUUUUGUGCGAAGCUAUGAGUUCAGCUUUGAAGCCUUCGGCAGUGUGCGGACGGUGAAUAUGGAGCAGAUCGAACGGGAUGCCGAAUGGCCGAUACUUGAGCGAGUCCCGAGUCGGGAGAGAAGGCGCAGCAGUGUUUCCAAUUACUCGGUUGAAGUUCAAGGACAUAAGGAUUCUGGCGAAGUAUCGGAAGGGCAUGUUGAUAGCGACAUUGGCUCAUUCAAAACUGGCAUUCUCAAAGGCGCCGACUACAACACUGCUUUGAACACAUUUCCAAUUCAGGAGGAUAUAGAAGAAGCAAGUCUGGUGACCAACGAGAAUCGCGAGCAGUACGUCAAGGAUUAUAUAUUCUGGUUGACGGACAAAUCCAUUCGCCCACAAUACGAAGCAUUUGCUCGAGGAUUCUUCACCUGCAUAGACCGUUCAUCGCUUGCACUGUUCACCCCUGAAAUCCUCCAGACAGUGAUCGAAGGCACCCAGGAGAUUGAUGUGGACGAACUGCAACGCAAUGCCACUUACGACGGAGGCUGGGACUGUGAUCAUCCUCUGAUCGUCGCGUUCUGGGAUAUCGUCAAGAAAUAUUCACGUGAACAAAAGGCUCGGCUACUCGAAUUCGUCACUGCCAGUGAUCGAGUUCCGGUUAGCGGUAUUUCCAGUAUUAAUUUCGUGAUUCAGAGGAAUGGUUCUGGGAAUGAUCGCCUUCCGACGAGCUACACGUGUUACGGCCGACUAUUGUUACCGGAGUAUACGGAUGCAAAAGCUCUGCAAUUGAAUCUCGAUAUGGCUUUGAAGAAUUCGCGCGGCUUUGGCAAUUUCUAGUGACUCUGGAUGUUCAGGCAUUUAUAUAAUAUAGCCUUAUCCAAUAUUUUAGGGAUCAGACGCCACUAUUGCAAUAUUGCACAUGUAAUAUUAUUAUCAAAGUUAUAUACUAAGGAUUAUACCUUGUCCAUCUACUGCUGUACACUACCUCAUAUUCCUAAACUCCGGCUUAUACAUGAGUUUUGUAAACAACCUUGGUAGUAAAUACAGGGUUAGGGCUAU